AUGGACCUCAACACUGAAAAUAUUACCGUUCUUGGCGCAGGCGUCGUUGGCCUCUCGACGGCCCUACAGCUCCAAGAACGAGGCUUCAAAGUGACCAUCGUGGCAGAAUGUCUCCCAGAAGACGAAAAGAGCAUCCGAUAUACGAGUCAUUGGGCUGGCGCCCAUCAUGUCAGUCUCGCGGCCGAUUCGAGACAGUCCAACAUGGACCAAGCGACGUUUGAAAAAAUGUGGGCAAUGUCGGCUGACCCCGCGACGGAACGCCUCUUCCUCCGACUCGACCAAGAAGAAUACUACAUCGAAGAACGCCUCUGCGAAAGUCUCAAAUUUUAUCCCAACUUUGAACCAAUCCCCCCAGAAUCACUCCCGACUUUUGCGAGAUCGGGCGCUAAAUUCAAGACUGUGACGAUUGACACGCCAAAUUAUCUGCGCCACUUGAUCGAGACGUUUAAGCAAAAGGGCGGACACGUCGUACGUGCGUCUGUCCAGCAUCUCUCGCAGCUCGUCGAUGGUGCUUUUGGCGUCGCCCCACCAGAUGGUGUCGUCAUUUGUGCGGGGAUUGGUGCGCGUACGCUUGGUGGUCUCGAGGACAAAGAGGUGUAUCCUAUUCGUGGACAGACCGUCCUCUUGCGUGCGCCUUGGGUCACGUUUGGGAGGACGUGUAGUAGUUCCGAUGGACUGUGGACGUAUAUCAUCCCCAGGAGGAGUGGAGAUGUCAUCGUAGGCGGCAUCAAGGUUGCCAACGACUGGUAUCCACACCCUCUCAAGGAGGUUACUGAAGAUAUCUUGAAGCGCGGACUAGAGCUCUGUCCAGAGUUGGCACCCGAGGAAAUCAGAGCAAAACGUGCUCCAACCGUCGAAGACCUAAAGCCAUUGAUCAUUGAAGAGGGCUGUGGACUGAGGCCAGCACGCACAGAUGGGAUCCGCUUGGAGAGUGUUCCAGUCGUCACUCGCAAUCUUGGCCAGCUGCCCGUCGUCUUCAACUAUGGUCAUGGAGGAUAUGGAUAUCAAAGCUCUUGGGGAUCCGCCGCAAUUGCCGCUGACCUCGUCGUCGCUUCCCUCAAAGGCGUCUUCACUGUAGCGGCCUAA